UGGGUAGGAUAACUUGUAGAGAGCUAAUUGUGAGUCAUCUGCAUGGAUAUUUCUUUUAUUGAUUGAGUAGAUCCAUCAGUUCGUAAGUAAGAUCCGUAGUGGUAUUGUAUCGGUUCGUGAGAUUGUAUCCUGGACGCGUGUUUAUUUUACCGCCGUGUUUUUUUUCACACUUGGUCUUCGGUGCCGUCUCGCGACUUUUGUUGUUAUCGCUUGGCUAAAAGCUAGCGAUUAAUUAGCAAUUUUUUUUCAAUUUUGAGUGAUUUCUGUCGAUUUUUUUUCACCGGAUAGUUCGAUUUAGAGGUUUUUUCCCCAACUUGCAGUAUUGAAAACGGUGAAUUUGUGUUUUUUAAAAUUAGUUUCAUCAGUUGAUGUGACGUUUUGGAGGAAAAAAGACUACUAAAUAAGAAAUAAAAUUCAAUAUGAUGAUAGCACUAAAAGAGAAGUUGAGUUUCUUGUACAAUGGAUACGUGCUGACGAUAUUGACUUUGGGCUAUUUAUCUUCCGAACUGGGUCAUUUCCUGAUUGGCGUUACCAGCAAAGCGACUGCUACCGAUGUACACUAUGGCGAUAUUAAAUGUCAAUUGAAUAAAACAAAACCGCAUUUCAAUCUAACAUUACACGAGCAUUGCCAGGCCGCCGAUAGUGCAGACCAAUGCUACGAAUUGUUACUAGAAGAUGGACAGCCUUACUGCGAGUGGAAUUACAAUGGCCUCGGUUUUGACUAUCAAAUUCUAGCUGGUCCUUGUUUCAUCGCCGUGUAUACUGUAAUAGGAGUAUUUUUCGGUAUCGCCGCUGAUAAAUAUAACAGAUCUAGACUGGUAUCGUUAUCAUUUUUAAUUACGAGCGUAUCAGUUGCACUAAUGGGACUUACCGAUGCUUACUGGCAGCUGGUUUUGUUACGAGUAUUAUUAGCUACCGGAGAAGCUGGUUGCAAUCCAUUGUCGACGGGUAUUCUAUCGGAUUUAUUUCCAGAGGAUAAAAGAGGAUUGGUUAUGUCGAUAUUUAACUGGGGCAUAUAUGCUGGAAUCGGUCUCGCUUUUCCAAUUGGACGAUAUAUUACCGAAUUGGAUUUAUGGGGACAGAGUUGGAGAAUGGCAUAUUACAUAAGUGGAGCAUUCGGUUUAAUAAUCGCAUUCCUGAGCGCUUUAACGGUCCCAGAACCGGCUAGAAAAACUAUCGGUGAAGAACGAGAAGAAAACAAUGAAAAUUCGGUUGCCAACAGAACAGUGAUGGACACGAAACUAGAACAAGAAGAGAAAAAAGAAGACGCUUGGAAAGUUCUGUUACAACCCCGUGUCAUUAUGUUAUGCAUAGCAGCCUCCAUAAGACACACAGGCGGUAUAUGUUUCGCGUACAACGCUGAUCUCUUCUACAGGGAUAUUUUCCCAAAUUACGAUCUCGGUUGGUGGUUAUUCUUUGUGACAUUUGUAGUCGGCAGUACGGGUGUGAUUGCUGGUGGAAUUCUAUCGGAUAAGGUGGCCGCUAAAAUGGGUAUUAGGUCGAGAGUGGCUGUGUUGGCCAUUAGUCAAUUAAUUGCAACUCCUUUUGCUUUCGGAAGUAUAUACUUACAACCUGUCGGUGCCAUGGUUACUUUAGCUAUUUCUUACGUAUUCGCUGAAAUGUGGUUCGGAAUUCUAUUCGCCAUUCUCGUUGAAAUAGUUCCAUUAUCAGUACGUUCAACUACAGUUGGAGUAUUUUUAUUUGUGAUGAAUAAUAUUGGAGGAAAUUUGCCUAUCCUUGUUGAACCAGUCCGGAAAGCAAGUUCAUACCGACACUCGCUAGCCAUAUUUUACGCUGGUUUCUAUUUAGUCAGUUCUGUGUUAUUUGCAAUUACCACUUUGAUGAUGGGUAACACAACAGAGAAAGAUAAAAAAUCUGGACAUGCUCAUGCAAUGGCAGGUGUAGAAAACGGAGGUUUUGUCAUCGAAAGGAUACCAGGACACGAUUUCAGUACAGGCAUUUACGAAAGUCAUCAUUUAUAGUGUAUUAUUAUUAUUUCUUCUACUAUACUUUUUUUUUUUUUUUUUUACAAAUUUUGCGCAAAAAACAAAAUGCAAUUUUUUUAAAUACCUAUUUUGUAAAAGUGUUUUUGUAUCAUACUGUGUGAAUAAUGUUGGAAAUUUUCUAGCCUAAGCAUUUGUUUGUCCUAAAUUAUUUUUCAUUUGUAUAUGUUCCUGAAGUAUUUGCAUUGUAAGUAGGUAUUAUUUUUGUAAGGAUUGGCUUUAAAAGAUGAAAUUUGGAUCAUACGUAUUAAUCGCUUAGAUUCGCCGAUUAGGUAUGCUAAUAAUGUAAAAUUAUGACGUACUUUGUCGCUAAGUGUAAGUAUAUUAUGUAAUAAUUUCACUUUUGUGAUUUUUGAAUUAGUCGUGUUUAUUUCUUAUUUAGUAUUUUUUUUCUUUUUGCUUUUUUGAUAAUUAUAAUGAAUUUUUGUUGUGUUUUAAUUUUUUUAUCUUAUUGUUGAACUUGUUUAGUUCGUCUAGUUCUGAAAUGAAGUAAAAUAUGUAACUUAUUUUGUGAUUUUAGUACCUAAAUUGUGAUUAUUUUCUUCUUAUAUGUGUACUUAUUUUAAAAAUAAACUACAUACUUUACAUCGAUUGAAACUCCAA